UCCUCCUCCUCCUCCUCCUCCUCCUCCUCCCGGUCGCCGUCAUCUGCGUGUUCACUGACUCGGUGGCGUCGGAGCGAGCGGACGCGCUCUGCUGGAUCUUCUUCUGCCUUUGACUUGUGGGCAACCUCCGCAGCGGAGUUCUCUAAAUGAGCGACGCCCGAGCGGGCGGACGACCCCUUUGCGACUCCUCCCGUUCGAGCAGCGGAAGGGGCGAGCGCGCGUUGGCGCCAAGUUGCCCGUCGCGGCUUUCGCGGUUUUGAUGCCGGGGAACGCGAGGAUGCUGUGCGAGCUGCUGGCGCUCUUCCGGCUGCUCGGGUGGGUCCUGAGCCAGGACGCCGCGUCGGCCGCCGCGGGGAACCGCUUCGUCUGCAACGCCAUCCCGCCGGGCGCCGAGGCGGGCUGCGGCGCCGCCCCGACGGGCGAGCGCUCGCGGACGAGCCGCCCCGCCGAGGACGAGCUGCGCGCCACCGUCGUGCGUCUGCGGGAGACCAUCUUGCAGCAGAAGGAGACCAUCGGCAGCCAGCAGCGCACCAUCAAGGAGCUCAACUCCAAGCUGGCGCGCUGCGAGGCGGCGGCGGCGACCGCGGCGGCGGCGGCGGCGGCCGACGACACGGCGCAGCAGCCGGCCAAGUCUCGGGGUCCCGGCUCCAGGAGGAAGGAGCAAGGCAAGAACACCAUGGGGGACCUGCCCCGGGACCCCAGCGAGACCAUAAACCAGCUGGGCAAGACCAUGCAGAGCUUGAAAGGGCGCUUGGAGAGCCUGGAGCAGACUCUGCACGUCCCCGGCACAAACGGGUCGGCGGGGGGCGUUCCGCCGCCGGCCCCCCUGCCGCCGCCGCUGCGGGAGCUCCUGGGCCGCCGUCUGGGGCUCCUGGAGACGCAGCUCCUGCGGAAGGUGGCCGAGCUGGAGGAGGAGAAGAGUCGGCUGUACAACGAAACGGCGGCGCAUCGCCAACGCACCGACAACGCGCUCACUUCGCUCCUGGAGAGGAUCACCGAGCUGGAGAGAAACAACAACGCCUUCAAGUCGCCGGAGGACUUCAAGGUGUCGCUGUCCCUGCGCACCAACUACCUGUUCGGACGCAUCAAGAAGAGCCUCCCCGAGAUGUACGCCUUCACCGUCUGCAUGUGGCUCAAGUCCGGCGCCGGCCCCGGGAUCGGAACCCCCUUCUCGUACGGCGUGCCGGGACAGGCCAACGAGAUCGUGCUGAUCGAGUGGGGCAACAACCCCAUCGAGCUGCUGGUCAACGACAAGGUGGCGCAGCUCCCGCUUUCGGUGAGCGACGGGCGCUGGCACCACAUCUGCAUCACCUGGACCACCAGGGACGGCUUCUGGGAGGCCUACCAGGACGGCGAGCGACUCGGCGCCGGGGACAACCUGGCCCCGUGGCACCCCAUUAAACCCGGCGGGGUGAUCGUUCUGGGUCAGGAGCAGGACGUCGUGGGCGGUCGGUUCGACGCCACGCAGGCCUUCGUGGGGGAGCUGAGCCACUUCAACAUGUGGGACCGGGUCCUGCGGCCCGUGGACAUCGCGGGCCUGGCCAACUGCUCGGCGUACAUGCCCGGCAACGUGGUCCCUUGGAUAGACGCCAACGUGGAGGUGUUCGGCGGCGCCACCAAAGCCCCUCUGGAGAUAUGCGAGGACCGCGCGUUCGAUUCCUAAAAAUCCACCGGCAACCAAGAAGACACGCAUCUCCAUAUUCGUGCGCUCUCUCCCAAAGAUUCACCUUUCGGAGAAGAUUCCAUCCAUUCCGGGCCUGAUUUACUCGUGCUUCGGGGGGGGGGGGGCAUACUCGAUUGCUCCCCCAAAUAGAAAAAAAAAAAAAUUUGGCCACUUCCGGGAGGAGGACUCCAUCCAACGGGAUCCGUCGAAUUGAAUUUCCAAAAGCAAAAAAUACGGCAGCCCAAUCGUGGGGUCGGAUCACCCGGGACAAAACCGCUUUCAACCUCAGGACGCAUUCGGGUGUCCGGAUGUCCGUGUAGAGUGUGGCUCCGAAAAGUUGCAGGAAUUUCAACUCCGUGGACGGAACCCACGCGGAGUCGUUUUCGGACGCCUCGCAAAACGUGGUUUUGUGCGGUUUCUGGCGUCUUCGGGGCCAUCCGGUUCGUCGUGCGCGACGACGGCCAAAGGCGGAACGGAACGGGAUGCUUCACCUUCCAUUUUCAAUCACAUCCAAAAAAACAAGAAGACAGAGAGUGGAAAGUGAAAGAUCUUCAACGACGUCGUUUGGACCUUUGCGUUUUUCUUUUUCUUUUCCAUCCCUUGAAAUUUGCCAAACGGUUCAGAAGAAAAGCAAAAGCGUUUUAGAGAUUUGGACGCCCGUACAAGGCAAUGUAGCGCCCCCUAUCCGGCACCUCAGCAAACUAUUGCCGCGAUCUGCGUAAAUCAGGCCUCGCGUGUGUGUGUUUGUGUCGUUGCGUCUUCGUGCCUCGCUACGUUUUUGUUUUUUCCUGGAACAUUCUUCCUCGGUCGGACGCGUUGAAGCGCAAAGCGGCGGCGACAAGGCGUUCAGGAGGCACGGGAAUUAGCAGUCGUCGUGUCGUCGUCGUCCACGUGGAAGCGCCGGCCACAUUUCGCGCGCCAGCCUCGGCGAAUGCCGCAAAUUCGGGAAAGACGGCGCAACGGCCCUCGCUCAAGCGCGAGUGAGCGUGUUGACGUUACGUAAGAGCGUUCAAAUACCAGAUUAGCGGCGAGGGAGGACACGUUCAUACUUGUAAAUCUGAGCUUAAUGCCUCUCUGGCCCUCGAGCGGCUGCCGUAUUCUGCACGGCUGCACGUGGACGCCGAGGCCAGUCCGUAAUUCCUCCGUCACGAAAGCGGCAUCGUACUGGAAGCCCCCCCAAGGUGGCGCUCGCAACGCAAAUUGGCUUGGAAAUGCUUCAGUGAAAAUUCAAGCAGGAAUGUUCUUCUUCUUCUUCUUCUUCUUG